ACUCUCACUCUCCCUCUGUCACACCCACAGCAGGUACAUUGUCACUGAUAGCAUUAGUUAGCCUUAGUGUGCUUUUGGGCUGCGCCUUUAUAAGUCUGCGCCUUUGAAGAUCCAGCAGAGACCAGUAGACUGCCUCAGGCCCCCAGGUAGAGGAUUCUUCAUCAGUCUUCUGGGUUACUUAUAGGCCUGCUUUCCCUACCUGCUGUCAACCUGCUCGCCUGCCUGGAGCAUCUCCUGGCCCAUCAUAAAACACCAGACACCUGCAGACUGACAGAAGAGACUGGAAUCUGAGCUAACUGGACUAGAGGUAAUCAUCACCACAAGUCUACCUUACACCUGUUGGGGUCCUGUAUUGUCUACACUCAGCACCAGUCUCAGCCCUGCCUGAGACCACCCAGAGGCCAGCACACCUUGGCCCAGGAGGCAGCAGCCAUGUCGAGUCCAGGGGAGAGUCUAUCAUCAGAGGGCAGCAGCCCAUUGUUUCCGUCCCGCCUAGGUCUGCCUGAAAGCCCCUUGGGAGACAGGACAGGUGCAGAGGCUGGUAUGGCCUGGGAGAUGGAGGACACCAAGCCCUGCAUGGAGGCUCUUGAGCAUCGCGGCCUUCCGGGCCUUCACCUGUCCUGCUUCGACAUGCUCUUCACCGAGGACUCCACCUGGCUGGUGAAGGUGACCGAGGCUUCCUCGGGUCAGGCUUGUCCUGUGCCUCUUCCCAUAACCAGGACCGAGCACCGUGAGGAGCCAGAGCAGUGCCCCGUCAUCGACAGCCAGGCCCUGGGGCUCUCCCCGGGACUGGAGGGCCAGGAGGAGGAGCGAUCCCUGGAGCAGGUCCAAAGCAUGGUGGUCGGGGAGGUGCUGAAGGACAUCGAGACGGCCUGCAAGCUGCUCAACAUCAUCCCAGACCCCAUAGAGUGGAGCUCGGGGAACGUCCAGAAGUGGUUGCUGUGGACAGAGCACCUGUAUAGACUGCCUCAGGCCGGCAAGGCCUUCCAGGAGCUCGCUGGAAAAGACCUGUGUGCCAUGAGUGAAGAGGACUUCAGGCAGAGGUCCCCUCAGUGUGGAGACACCCUGCACGCCCACCUGGACAUCUGGAAGUCAGCUGCCUGGAUGAAAGAGAGGUGUUCCGUUGGUGACAGCAAAAUCACAGGCGGAGAGGAGCUGUGGUUGGAGGCAGACUCGUCAUGCUCAGGCCAGCCCAUCCACUUGUGGCAGUUCCUCAGAGAGCUGCUCCUCAAACCCCACAACUACGGACGCUGUAUCCGCUGGCUCAACAAGGAGAAAGGUAUUUUCAAAAUCGAAGACUCUGCUCACGUGGCGAGACUCUGGGGACUGAGGAAGAACCGUCCAGCGAUGAACUACGACAAGCUGAGCCGCUCCAUACGGCAGUACUAUAAGAAGGGCAUCAUCCGCAAGCCUGAUGUCUCCCAGAGACUGGUCUAUCAGUUUGUCCACCCAGUAUGAGGGGACGGAGGAGGACAGAGGUCUCCAAACAAAGGGCCACACGAUCACACCUUGCACUUGUACAUUACACCAACACCAAGCUGAAAAGGGGUGAAACUAACAAGCAUGCACUGACCAACCCCUGUAAGUACACAUAGCCUUUGCCAGCCUUUGCCAGUAAGUGUCAGCAGUCAAAGUUGGCAAAUGAAUAUUUUGCUUUUUAUAAUGCAGAGAAGAAACUUGAGACUAAAAUUUUCUCUGGGCUGAUUCCUCUUCAAAACCACAAAACAACAAAGAAAGAAAAAAAAACAACCUUUGAACUGCCUUUUUCAUUUGCACGAUCUGCCUGUCCUUUUUCCUAUUAUAUCAUUUAAUCAAUAACCCGUAUCUUAAAACACCGGAAGACAACAUUUGAUUGGCAUCAAACAUAAGGAAGAGAAAUUAACAUUGCCCACAGUUAUACCUUUAACAUUUAUGUACCUGCUGUGUGUAGGACGAAGAACAGUCUGCUUGUGCUUGUUUAUCAGAGCCUGUUCUACUCAUUCCUCUGGGAAUGUGGUUAUGAGUUUUGCUUCAGCUAUAGGGUUCAGCUCUGGCUUUUGGCUGUCACCCAGAGAGGCAAACAGCUCACUCUUUUUUAAAUUUGAUUAUUCACAUGGCACACUUCGGAACUCUCCCGAAAGGCUUUUACAAUAGAGCAUUUCGCUGAACCCGAAUGGGAGUGCAGCAACAACCCCCUCAUAAUAAACUCAUGCAGUCAAAGUCUGUAACUGACUGGUAAAAGCCGUUGGUUUUCCACCCUGCCGUAGAAAACAUCUAGAAAGCACCAGACCACUGUAUAUUACCAUGUACGUCAUAUGCUCUGUACCUUUUGCUUGCGUUUAAAUGUAAUAGCAAUUUUUAUUUGAAAUGUAACCAAAAAAAUAUAGAUAGGAAUAUCUACAUCAAAAACUGUAUCCUCCGCCAUCUUUACCAUUGCAAUACAGGUUCAAUUCUUGAAAACAAGCAUCAUCACCAAUCUCAUAAUUGAUCAUUACCAAUUCUGUUGAAUUCUAUGAAGUAUACAAUAAAAAAAUGUGGGUUCCCCGA